AUGGCUGAUCGCAAACUACCCGUCCAACACAACACCCUCUUGAUCGAGGGUGUUCCAGAUCAUACCGAUCUGAUUUCGCGUCGACGCCUUGGUCAAACUAAGCUUACUCCUAAAAUGACGGCCUCUAGUGACUCCGACCUUGGGGUGUUCGACUACGCGCAUCUUCGCGCUCCUUUGCCCAAGGGCAUCGUCUCUGGAAUCUUCAAGUCCAGCCCUAACAGCUAUUUCCUCAUGCGACGCAGCUACGAUGGUUUCGUCUCGGCGACCGGCAUGUUCAAGGCCAGCUUCCCCUAUGCUGAGGCUUCCGAUGAAGAUGCAGAGCGAAAGUACAUCAAGUCUCUUCCGACUACGAGCCACGAAGAGACCGCCGGUAACGUCUGGAUCCCCCCGGAGCAGGCUCUCGCCCUUGCCGAGGAGUACAAGAUUAUUCCCUGGAUUCGCGCGCUACUCGACCCUACCCCUAUCAGUACGAUUACUCCUUCGGGAUCGCCAGCUAAGAACAUCACGGCCCCUCCCAAGUUUGACGUUUUCAAGGCGUCGCAACCUACCCUGGCACCUCCCACUCCAUCGGUCGCUCCUCGAAGCACACGCGCGCGUCGGUCCGCCAGCCCCACCAAGGUCACAAGGCGCGCCCCUCCUUCACCUCGAAAGCGUAGCACCCGUGCCAAGGCCGAGACUGUCGAAACUAUCACAGAGAAGGCCGGUCUCCUCAACGGCGUCCCGGAGCUUGAGGCCAAGGUCGAGGAAACCAAGCGCGAAGAUAUUGUGUUGCAGUCCACCGAGUUUGAGCCCGCCAUCGUUCUGGAGCCCAGAGAAGAGGACCCCAAGGUCAAGGUUCACAUCGAAGAGGAUGUUAUUACAGAUGAUGCCGGUGUCGAGACCAAGCGCACAAUCACCGAGGUCGAACUUCCUCUUCCUACAGCUGGCGAGCCCCCAACUGCAGAGGAAAUUGCCGAGAUGAUGAACGCAGCCAAGGAGAUGGUGCAAAAGAGCAAGGCCCAUGAGGCUGAAGAUGAGGAGCAAGACGAGACCAAUGCUGAAGAGGGCUCUGCUUCUGCAAAGAAGAGCAAGCGCAAAGCUGGAGACAUCUCGAUGGGCGAUGAAGAGGGCGACAAGACUCCAUCAGAGGAGCAGCCCAGGUCAAAGAAGGUCAAGACCGAGACCCAAUUAAGAAAAGAAAAGGUCAAGAACCGGGCAUUGCUCGGUCUAGGUGCCACUGUCGCAGUUGGUGCCAUUGUUCCUUGGCUCAUGAACUUCCUCUAA